AUGCUUUCCGAAUACAUUUCGCGCGCUGGUCGCGUCAUGAACUCGACCGUCCACGUCGACUGGUCUCUGUACGGUGGUGCCGAGUCUACCUCGCCGCCUUGUUCUUCCAGCACCAUACAACCGAGCCUGUCUCGGCCAUCUCUGCGCUCCCAAGUCACAGCCUUUUCGUCGAAGUCGUCCUCGUCAUCAUCGACGCGCAACUCGCGCUCCUCGUCUCCAGGCGAUUCUUCUACCUCGUUCACUUCCGAGGACAACGACAGCGGCGUCGAUCUUGGCCAGUCGAAGGAAUCCAAAGCUGCUGCAGAGCAGGACGAUCUCAACGACGUACCGCUCUCGCAAGUGCUCAAGAGUGGUGAUCCCGCGUCGAUUCUUGGUGGAGACAAUGGUGGAAGAAACGCCAGUGCGGUCGACGGCAAAGCCUGGCUGCCUGCCAUUGCGCCUGUUGAUGAGCAGCCGGUCAACGACUUUCUCUGGAUGCACACCGAGGAGCCACACCGUUCGCGUCGCAUGGCCAUUCUCAAGGCGCACCCUGAAGUCAAGCGGCUAAUGGGCUACGAGCCACUCACAAAAUACGUCUCGUUCGGUGUGCUCGCCCUCCAGCUUUCCACGGCCAUCUACCUAUCGAAAUGCACCUCGCUGCACCCGCUCUCGUGGAGGUUCCUGCUGAUCGCUUACGCCGUCGGAGGCACCGCGAACCAGAACACGUUCCUCGCCAUCCACGAAAUCACGCACAACCUUGCCUUCCGCGGCCUGCGCGCCAACCGACUCUGGGCCAUCUUCGUCAAUGCCGCCAUCGGCGUCCCCUACGCAAUGGCGUUCAAGCCGUACCACUUGGAGCACCACAAGUAUUUGGGCGAGGAGGGGACGGACACGGACCUGCCGACCAAGUUCGAGAGCGUCGUACUGCGCAACGUGCUGGGGAAAGCGUUUUUUGCGACGUUCCAGAUCUUCUUCUAUGCGCUGCGACCCGGCUUUGUGCGCGCACAACGGCCGACCGUGUGGCAUGCGCUGAACAUCGCCUUCAUCCUCGCCUUCGACACGCUCCUCGUGCGCUGCUUCGGCUGGGUCGCACUCAUCUACCUGCUCCAGUCCAGCUUCUUUGCUGGCUCGCUGCAUCCGUGCGCGGCCCACUUUAUCGCAGAACACUACAUGUUUGGCGGCAUCCAGCAGGAGACUUGGUCCUACUACGGGCCCCUCAACAUACUGGCGUACAACGUCGGGUACCACAACGAGCACCAUGAUUUCCCCAGCGUGCCCUGGACGCGCUUGCCGCAGCUGAGGCGUUUGGCGCCCGAGUUUUACGACUGCCUUCCGCGGCAUACCAGCUGGCCCAUGGUGACGGUGCGCUUUAUCCUGGGGAGCGAUAGCGGGCUGUGGGCCAGGGUCAAGAGGCCCAAUCGGGAUGCGGUCAGGGCCGAGACGCAGCGAGAGCACAAGAAGGGUGUGUAG